CCCGCCCUCUCCUCAUAUCCCAGUAGAUUUCGAUAUCUCAAUGCAUUGCUAUCCCAACCUCACAGAGUCUUUCUUUAACUACAGUCUAUCAUGCGCUUUGGCAGCAACCUCCGCAAAAGCAUCUACCCACCAUGGAAGAACAACUACGUCGAUUACGAUAAGCUCAAGAAGCUGCUGAAGGAGAGCGAUGGGUCACCCGUGGAUGAGGACUAUGACGCCUGGACGGCCGAUGAUGAGAGUGCAUUUGUCGACGAGCUGGUCAAUGUUCAAUUGGAAAAGGUUCACAAGUUCCAGACCGAAACCUCCCAAAAGCUACGCGAUCGGACGACAGCCUGCGAAAAAAAGCUCGAGCCAUUGGCCGUCGGUCUGAAGCCAGAGAAGGCACAUGAAGGAGAAGCUUCAAACUCCCAAGAAGAAGCCCCGUCGAAAGCGGAGAUCAAGCCGGGAGAGAAGGAGAAGCUCUUGAAGGAGGUGCUGAGGGAGCUGGACCACAUCACGAAGGAGAUCAACGAGCUGGAAAGGUACAGCAGGAUCAAUUAUACAGCCUUUUUCAAAGCUACGAAGAAGCAUGACCGGAAGCGAGGCGAUGCCUACAGACUUCGUCCUUUCCUUGAAACGCGGCUCACGGCCCUGCCACUCAACAAGGAGGACUACUCCCCACUACUAUACCGGCUGUCUGCUAUGUACUCAUUCGUGCGGCAAAGCUUGGAUGGGAAAUCUCAGGAAGCAUUGUCGUUUUCGGAGAGCCUGACGGGCGGGGAAAGCUUCAACUCAUACAAAUUCUGGGUCCACCCCGAGAACCUCCUCGAAGUCAAGACCAUCAUUCUCCGCCGCCUUCCUGUCCUCGUAUACAAUCCCCAAACCUCUAAGAUCGCCGAAGGCUCUCAGCGCGAUCCUACAAUUACAUCCAUAUACUUCGACAACCCAAAGUUCCCUCUCUACACAGCCAAGGUCAAUCAUGCGCCGGAUGCAGUCUCGCUACGCCUUCGUUGGUACGGGCAGCUCGCAGACAAGCAGGAGAUACUAUUCGAGAAAAAGGUGAUCAAGGACGGGGACGCCAGCGAAGAGGAGCGGUUCCCGAUCAAGGAGAAAUACGUGCUGCCAUUCAUGAAAGGAGAAUACAAAAUGGAGAAGAGUGUUCAGAAGCUGCAAAAUCGAGCCGGUGGAGAUCAUCAUGAAGUGGGUGAUUUUCAAAAAGCUGUCGAUGACAUCCAAUCUUUCAUUGAGGACAGGGAACUGCAGCCUGUCCUUAGAGCCAACUACACUCGCACCGCCUUCCAAAUACCUGGAGAUGAUCGGAUCAGGAUAUCGCUCGAUACGAACCUUGCAUUAAUUCGUGAAGAUGCGCUUGACCUAGACAGACCCUGCCGAGACCCAGAAGAUUGGCAUAGGAAAGACAUCGAUGAUGUUCAGAUGGAAUAUCCUUUCAAGGGAAUACGAAAGGGAGAGAUUAACAGGUUUCCUUUUGCACUUCUAGAGAUCAAAAUAAAGGGUAUGAAGAAGUACGAGUGGAUAGACGAUCUUACGAACUCUCAUCUUGUCAAAGAUGCUCCACGCUUCUCAAAAUUCGUUCACGGAGUCGCCAUGCUCUUCGAAGAUAAUGUCAACAGCUUCCCAUUCUGGCUGAGCGAAGUCGAUACUGAUAUCAGGCAAGAACCCCAUAAGGCCUUCGAGGAAGAGCAGGAAAAGAAAGCAAAGGCUGCAGAGGAUGAAUUUGCAGUCGGCAGUCUUUUUGGCGCUCGAGCAAGCCCCAGUUACCGCCCUUCUGUAGCAUCUCCUGUUGGGUCACCUGCUGGAAAGUCCGUGACCAAAAGUAGCACUCCCGCAAGACCGUCACCACAGCUUGGUUCCACUGUAGGGAGCAAAGAGAAUGGCAACGAGGAAGCCGAUUCAGAUGAGGACGGGGCACAAGCGACCAUCUGGAAAGAUUCGACGUUUUCCAAAUCAACCGGUCUCCGCUCAUUGUUCCCUUCGUUUUCAUCAUCGAAGUACGCGCGCGCACAUCAACAACGCAAAGUCAAACUGCCCCCAGGGAUUCAUGACCCAGGAGUCUGGAUCAAAGAUCAAGGGCCCGUGCGCGUCGAAGCAAAAGUAUGGCUUGCGAAUCAACGUACUUUCAUCAAAUGGCAGCAUGUCAGCGUCCUCCUAGCAUCGCUGUCACUUGGUCUCUACAACGCGGCCGGUGAAACGAAUAGCGUUGCAAGAACCCUCGCUAUUGUUUACACACUCGUUGCAGCCUUUACAUUGAUCUGGGGUUGGGGCAUGUACAUGUACCGCAACAAGCUUAUUCGUGAGAGGAGCCCGAAGGAUUUCGAUAAUCAGUUCGGUCCCAUUGUGGUUUGUCUGGGGUUGAUUGUAGCGCUGUGCUUAAAUUUUGGCUUCAAGUACCGAGCCAUCCUUAACGACCGAGUGGACAGGAAUCACCCAGCGAAUUCGACAUUCAUUGACGAACGGAUUGAAUUGCUGUGAUGGGGGUCCGGAGGUAACGGGGCACGAGGGUGUGGGUCAGGAGAAGUUGCACGACGAGUACAACCACUGUUUCACGGCAAUUUUUGGGCGUGCGAGGUUGGAUAUAUGCACAGGCUGCGGACUUUGGACUGUGCAUUCGUCUGAAUAUGUUUAGUGUGUCCUUCGUUGUAUUUAAUUGUCUGGAUAUGGAGCGGUGCAUCAAUAUACUAUGAGUGGCAAGUACUAAUACAAAUUGAGAUUGCAGGGAACAUUUUUCUG